AUGAGAAGCUCGAAUGGACACAUAUCGGUUCAGUUUAUAUCAGCAACUACUCUAUUUAAACUUAACUCAUUUAAAGAUAUAUUGGAGAAUAGUAUAUCUGAUCAACAAGUCAUACUACCUCAUAUAAACAACAACACCAUAGAAUACCAAUACAGAUUUGAUGACUUUCCAAAAUGGAUAAAAGAUGGCAUCACUGCAGUUAAAAGAGACAACAACAACAACAACAACAACAACAACAAGAGAAACAUUAAAACUGCGUUGAUGACAGAUUACCAACCAACAACACUACAGUCACUCUACGAGAUACCAUCAAUCGAGACACUAUUCAUCUAA